AUGUCCGCUAUCCAGAACCUCCACUCUUUCGACCCCUUUGCUGAUGCAAGUGCAAGUAAGGGUGAUGACCUGCUUCCUGCUGGCACUGAGGAUUAUAUUCAUAUAAGAAUUCAACAGAGAAAUGGCAGGAAGACCCUCACCUCUGUCCAAGGGAUCGCUGAUGAUUACGAUAAAAAGAAACUAGCGAAGGCAUUUAAGAAGAAAUUUGCCUGCAAUGGAACUGUAAUUGAGCAUCCAAAAUAUGGAGAAGUAAUUCAGCUACAGGGUGACCAGCGCAAGAACAUAUGGCAGUUCCUGAUAGAGAUUGGACUGGCUAAGGACGACCAGCUGAAGGUUCAUGGGUUUUAAGUGCUUGUGACUCUCUGAAGCUUAAGUGAGGAUUUCCUUGCAAUGAGUAGAAUUUCCCUCCUGUCCCUUGUCACAAGUUUAAAAACCUCACAGCUUGUAUAAU